AUGGAGUUACCAAAGGCAGAACACCGAGCUUGUGCCAGACACAUCUACGCAAACCUUAAAAAGGAUCACAAAUCUGAGACACUGAAGCCACUAUUUUGGAGAGUAUCUAGCAGUUACAAUGAAGCUGAUUUCAGGAGUAACUUGGCUAUUUUAAGAGAGAUGGACCCGAGGGCUUGUGAUGAUCUGCUGAAGAAAGAUCAUCGUAAAUGGUGCAGGGCUUUCUUUAGGACUGGAUCAAGCUGUGGUGACACACACAACAAUCACACAGAGUCCUACAACAGAACAUUGAAGAAAGCAAGGAAAAAACCAUUUGUGGAGAUGUUAGAGCUGGUUAGAAGAGAUGCAAUGCAAAGGAUUGUAACCCGGUUUAAGAUAGCUGAGAAGGAGACUGCAAAGUAUACAAAGAAAGCAAGGAUAGAAGUGGAGAAGUCAUGUGAUGAGGCGCAGAACUGUUUCUCUCUUUCAAGCACAGGCGGCAAAUAUGAGAUUGUAGAGUUUGGUACUGGAUUUUGUGUGAUAUUGUCUAAGAGGGAGUGUGCAUGUAGGAAGUGGGAUUUAACAGGAAUUCCUUGUCGCCAUGCGGUUUGUGCAAUCAGAGAGAACUGUCAAGAGGUUGAGGACUACAUUUCUGAUUACUAUUUGACAGAAAAAUGGCGAAACAAUUACCGUAGAGGGUUGACUCCGGUAAAUGGAACGAGGUUUUGGGAGGAGGUAGGAGGAAGACGAAUUUAUGGACCUCCUUACAAGCGCCCUCCAGGGAGACCUAAGGGAAAAGCAAGGAUCAAAGGUUUACAUGAAUCACCUACUAAGAAAAAUAAGUAUAAGGUUGGUAGAAAAGGAAGAAUAGCCCAUUGUAGUUUAUGUGGUGGGGCUGGACAUAACUCAAGAAAAUGUCCUAAUGAGUCUGAUGAAAGCAGGGCAAAGAGAAGGAAACUUGCCCAAGAUGCUCAAAAUGCUGCGCUAUUGGAGGCUCAAGAUGAAGCAGAAAUGGAAGCAGCAAUGAUAGCUCAAGAGGAAGCUGCACUAGGUGGUCAUGAGGAAGCUGGGACCUCAGGCCAAGGUCAUGUUGAAGUCCAAGAUGUUUCAUUGACUGCACCACAAGGAAGCCAAAGACUCCGAGGGUUACUCUUUGGAAACACUACUGAGCAUUGA